ACACUGCACUAUUGACAAUCCAAGUUUUCAAGCUUUGGGAGAGAAUAAUUUUGGGCGAGAUAACAUCCGUCUACGUGUGAGGAAAGAAGUGAAUCUUGUGAUUAAGCGAGCUAUCGAGUUUGGUCGUGGCACAAACAAUCCUUGCCAUUUUGCAAAAUGAUACAACAGGAAGCAGUAGUCCUAAAGAACGCCGUGAAAUAUUAUGGAGCAGACAAGCUGGUGUUCACCGGCCUGAAUAUGACAGUAUCUAAAGGCUCCAUAUAUGGAUUGCUGGGUCCCUCCGGAUGCGGCAAAACCACGUUGUUGUCAUGCAUUGUGGGAGUUCGACGUCUCAACAGCGAUGAGAUUUGGGUUCUGGGUGGAAAUCCAGGUAGCAAGGGUUCCGGAAUACCCGGACCCCUGGGUUACAUGCCGCAACAGAUCUCCUUGGUCGAAGAGUUUACUACGAGCGAUGCCCUCUACUACUUCGGCAGAAUCAAUGGGCUCGAAAACGAAGAGAUUGACACAAGACAGAGGUUUCUCUCGGAAUUGCUCCAGCCCCCGGCAAAUCGUCUGGUAAGAAAUAUGAGUGGCGGCCGGCGAAGGAGAGUUUCAUUUGCUGCCAUUUUGAUCCACAAGCCCGAACUUUUGAUUUUGGACGAACCCACUGUGGGGCUGGAUCCAAUUCUAAGGCAGAACAUUUGGGACUACAUGAUAAGGCUCACGCAAGAGGAGAGCAUUACGAUAUUAAUGACAACGCACUAUAUCGAGGAAGCUAAGGAUUCCGAUAAAAUCGAUUUGAUAAGAUGUGGUCAAUUGUUGACGGAAUUAUCACCAGAUCAAUUAUUAGACAAAUUUCAAUGCUCAUCUUUGGAGGAGGCUUUCUUGACAUUGAGUCGGACACAAGAAAAUAUGGCAGUUACGAGUAUCACUGAGACUUAUAGAUCCAUAGUAGAAAAUACUAAAAGCGAUGUUUUGUAUCAAGAUAAAUGUAGACGAACAAAGCUUGUUAAAAAUAAAGCGGCAUAUAAAGCGAAUGCGAAAUAUAAGGUUUCGCGAUCGAAAAAAUUCAACGCUUUAAUGAGAAAAAAUAUAAUUCAAUUUUUACGUUAUUACUCGUAA